AUGGGUUCAUUAUUGAAGUGUCUACUGGUGCUCACGAUCGCCGAAAUCGUCGCGGCACAGACAAGACAGCGGAACAGUGAGUUGUGUUUGUUCGAUUCGAGAAAAGGAGCCAGAACCGUACCAUCCGCCUACGUAAUAUUGCGAAAUCCGUGCGAAAAUACCACCCGCAGUGCCGGCGGGGGCAAAGCAAAGACGAAUCACCCGUUCUGUCAAGAUUUACAGAGUUUACGGAACAUUUCGAAAUUUUCUUGUACAAAGAGUCUUAGAAAAGGAUGGGGACAAGCAAAAAACCUUAGGGGUGUAGAACCGGGCCGUAAACAGACUUGGUGACAAUCGACCUGACCCGGGUUCAGAAUGUUUGAAAAUUUUGUGGAAAAGAUUAUAGAUUUUUCCCAUUUUUAUGUACUAGGAAAAUGACUUUUUUUUAAUUGAAAUUAGCAAGCAAAAGCCGGAAGACUUUACUUUCAAACUCAAAGUUACAAGAAGUCACGAUUUUGGAACAACAAUUUGACUAAAAAACCAUGUUUUGAAAUGUAAUAAUCGAUCGAAGAUACCGUUCGAGAAGAAGAAUUACAAGACCGAUUCACAAAACUCUGCUUGUUUUCAGAUGGUCUUGUCCGAUGUUACAAGGAAAUUGGAUCUUCGAGCAGUGAAUGUCUAGGCAAAUACUGCUACAAAAUGCACACUCCAGGUAUGUUCUUUUACAAUUUUUUGAUAAGUUUACAAUGUUGUUUUCAGAUGACUCAACGCGCCGUGGAAUCGUCAAAAAAGGAUGCUUGAACGCGGCGGAUGCACAGACAGAAGUAAGGCGUCCGCUUUCUUUUGACCGCAAAUGUUUUGAUUUUCAGAUUGGAAAGUGUACGCUGAGGCCGUUGGAAGAAGGAGGGGCCGAAUCGAUGUGUGUCUGUCGGGAAAGAGACUUUUGCAAUUCUGCUCCAAUCCCAGCUCUGUCACUUUCAUUCUUCACCAUUCUUUUCAGUAUUGUUUUAGCUCAUAUCUUGUAAAUGUAUCAAAUCUCGUUUCGUAGCGAUUCGUUCCAUCAUUUGUGUCGAUCUUUUUUGUGUUUUCACAGCUUUCGUUGUACUUACUGUGUUCUUAAACAGGAUUCAUUUGUUGACGGGUUUCCAAUCUUUUCCAAUCAGAUUUCUCUUUUAAUUUAUUAGAAUCUAUUCCAAUUUUUGCUCACUUCUCUUUCUUUCCGCUUGAUGUGAUGAUUCAAUGUAUGAAAAUGUACAAUUUAGUGAUCAAAACGUUAUAUGAAAGUAUCUCCUUCCGCUCAUGACGUCGUGUGUCAUUUCUCGGGUUCUCGCAGGCACACAAUCUCUUCAUUUUGUUUGGACUUUCUUCGUGCAUCUGAAACAUGUAAGAAAAGGAGGUGGAGGCCGAAAUACGAUGUGUAUAGCAGAAAAGAUGCACGACGCGGUUUCACGAAUUGACCAACACUUGUACGCCGUCUUUUUUGAGCAUUUCCUCACGUGAGGACUAACUCCCUGUGUUUGUGGGCAGGACAAGGCCUGUAAAUUUUUGAUUGCCCGGACCGGGAAGUCUGGUGGGAUCAGAAUUUUGACUUUCUUCAUUUUCAGUUUACGCUAGGUAAUUUCUUAGCGUAUGUGUAUGUUUCCAAAAGAUCCAGACCCCGUGAAAUUCCCUCAUUCCGUUUAGAAUAGGAUUUAUUCUAUUUACCUCCUCAAUAUCCAAAUAAGAAGGAGAUUCCGACCGACCUAAUGAAAGACCUUAGAGACUAAUUAUAAUGAAUCGCCGUACUCCCACGUCUUUGGUCCGCCCGCGUUCUCAUUGAGAAUAUACAAAUCAGAGCCUACGCUUAUCAGCUUAUUCGUUUCCAUUUCGUUGAGUACUGACUCCAUCUAUUAUUUCUCAUUUCCUCCCAUCUUUGUUCUGUUCUGAUUGUGGCCCUCUUGAGUGUUGCCCUUGACUACACAACGACACUCGGCCGUCACAUCAACAUUUUUCAGUUCAUCCGUAGUGUGCUCUGCUAAUCCGCCCCGUCGCGAGUUGCUUGCUUUCAUCGUCUUCUAAUUCCGGUGCCACCCCGUUUGAGGUAAGUGCGUGUUUUGAUAUUUCCGCGAACUUUUGUUUGUCAUCAUUCCGAUAAAUUGGUUGAGUGCUGUGGCUUGUGGUCUGAAAGGGCUUUCUUCUCAAGUUUGAAAAGAGUUUGAUCUCCCACGUUAUGCUUCUUCAUCAAUUUGCCCUCAUUUUCUUGUCUUCCCAGAUAUCAGAAAUUGGUAGUACCUUGAGAUCCUUGUAGGAGAGAGAAAGCAGCGUAACGUGGGCUUAUCUCGUGACGUGCUCUUGCCCAUUUCCACUCCAAUUUUAAUCAUAGGGUUGUACCUCUUCUCCUCGUGACUUUUCUGACUAGACUUAUACUAGUGACUCAUAACUCUCGUUUAAAAUUAUCUAUGUACUUUUAGAGCUUUGUUUUUAGAAGCAGUUGGACACAAAUGAUGGACGAGAAGCAGGCUGUUCCACCGCAGGAAAGAUCAAAGGUUGAAAUCAAAUCCGAGUCGCUGUCAGAUGACGAGGAUUUGAUUGACGUCGAGUUCUUUAUGCAGCAAGUGUCCCCGUGCAAGAUCCCAUUUCUCGACGACUUCAAUGCGGACCCCGAGAAAUCGGGUCAUCCUUCCUCGCAAGAGAAAGAGGGAAAUGGAACACCGUCAAAUAGGCCGACAGGUUCUGAACCGGCAGUUCCUGAACCGCAAGUUCUAGACGACCCAGACGAUCUGCUCAUCAUUGCUGUUUUUCCUCCGAAGAUCUCUGCUGUUACUGCUCAGAAGGUACGCCGUAUUUUGAUUCGGAAGACCCCCGGAGUCGUUCCGCAAAAGAUCCCUGGAAUUUCUCUUCAGAAUAUCCCCAAUGCUGUUUUUCAGAAAGCACUCGGAAUCUUUCCUCAAAAGAUUCCCCACGUUGCUCCUGCGAAGAUCCGGCGAAUUGCAAAGAUCCGGCGAAUCGCUGAUGUUCAUGUUGUGCCACAACGUCAGAGAAAACCGCAAGAAACGCCUCGAGUUCUUCGUGAUCUGCUCAUUCGUAUACCACACAGCCCCCAAGUGUCCAAACUGCCCGACAUGGUGAACAAGAAGUUGAUGUGUCAGGUGGCCCUGGAGACGUGUUACCUGGUGCAUGAUGACCGAAUUCACGCGAGAGAAGCUGUUGAUCGGUUGUACAAACUUGCAUAUGACAAUAUUGUCAAGUUGCAACACACUCCUGCAGUGGCCCACGAGUUCCGUCGGAAAUGGGAGUUCCAUUUGAAGCAAUCGUACCUCGCAGAAAACAUAUCACGCCAACUUCGAUUGGACAAGGCUAUAGAGGACUUGGACAUGAGAAGAGACCGGCAGGACAUGUACUACGAACGAUUGCGAGCCAGACUGCGCAGAAUUGCAGUUGUUCACCUGCCACCGCUCGAGGAAAUUGCAAGUGUGGACAAGCGCAUCACCAAAGAGGACACAGAGACUUUCCUUCCCUGUUGGCUUGAAAACUUCUUUCAAUGUCUCACAUGGCGCCAAUGGAAGGAUUUGUCGUUGGCUUCGAAUGAAGAAAUCGUGCAAAACAUGCUCCAGUUCCACGUGGAUGUUGGCAUGAACCGCUUCGAGUUUAUCUUCCUUCUCUCGCUCUUUAUCAAAAGAUGCAUGAGUAAGCAACCACGCUUAAAUGAAGAAGUAAAAAGCCACAAUAUCGGAGAAGUGCCGGCUAAUAUCAGAGGACGAUUAUGUUGGGUGAGACCACUCAUGCAUGGGGUGAGUUCUCAUAGUUUCUGUCAUUUCGAGUCAAGAAAAAAUGCAUAAUUUCAGGUGUACUAUCAAUGGAAGCACAAGUAUCAAGACUUUGUCUAUUCACAUCGAAUGGUAAGGUGUGGGAGGGCCAGUUUGACAUGUGAAAAAGCUUUUACAGAAAACAACCAACUACAUAUUCCCUUCUGUCAAUUACUCAAGAGUCAUGGGAGCACUAAAUUUCUCCCAUGAAGAUCUUCCGGAACCCUAUGCAUCUAUGCAACAAUUGUACCUCUAUCUUUGGCGUCCACAAGAUGUUAAGACCUUCGCAAAAGUGAUGAUCGAUAGACAGGGGAAACUAGUCAAGUUGCUGUGUAACGAUCACUUUAAUCUUCUCCGAUAUUUCAAUUUUAACAGAUACCCUGUAAGUGGGACCAAGUGGGGUCUGAAAAGUACAUAUGUACAUUCGUGUUUGUUUCAGAAACUGCCGGAAACCCCUGCGCCAAUCAAUCUGAGAUGUUUUCUCUAG